AUGACAGGAGUCACCAAGCCCCCCUAUCCAGCCUGGGGCUUGUUUUGCUUCUUGUCACUGACCCAGAUCUUAGAAGGGGGAGGGGGUCAGGAGGUAGAGGACUACGGCUUCGCUUUUCUGCUCAUCCUGGAAGGGUUGCCCCACCCAUAUUCCCACGAGGCUCCUUUUCCUCCGGGAUUCCCCACCUCCUGGAGGCGGGGCCAGGCCUCUGAGCAGGAUAAAACCCCACACUUGGAGGGGACUGGUGUGGGCACAGCCUGGCAUGGCCGUCUGGCUCCUCACUCUGCCGGCUCCAUGACCAGCCCAGUGGAUGCAUCUCUGGCAGGCCACGCCAGUGGGUUGGGUCCCCACCGGAGAAAGAGGACCACCUUCAGCAGAGGGCAGCUGCUGGAGCUGGAGCGAGUGUUUGCAGCACGGCCCUACCCCGACAUCGGCACCCGUGAGCACCUGGCCCAGGUCACCUCUCUUCCUGAGGCCAAGAUACAGGUGUGGUUCCAGAACCGCAGAGCCAAGAGAAUCAAGAAUAGAAAGCCAGGAGGCCUAAGCCCCAGGCCUGAGCCUCCCCAGAGAUCCUGUUCUCUUCCGGACACCAUCCAGCGGUCCCCGGAGCCCUGGACCCUUGGCCAGCCUCCACCCUCCAACAGCACAGCUCAGUGUGCCUCUGUGUGUCGACACGCUUCCUGCCCAGCUCCUGGCUUGGGUCCAGGGCAGGGCUGGGUGGGGGCUAAAGCUGCAGCCCCCUGGGCACCAGCUGGGCCUUCCGGGGCCCACCUCUCUUCCGAGCGAGCUGCUCCCCAGACCUCACUGGGCAUUCUGUCUGACCUCAUCUAUGCCUCGGCCAUAGUCACCAACCUGGACCAUUCCUAA